AUGCAGCGCUUCUUUGAUGAGGACCGUUUCGAAAUCUAUGCCCUUCGCGACCUGCAUCAGCACGAAGAGCUAACACACCUCUACAAGAGCAUGGAGUGGAGGGCUUGCUUCCAGGACCUACGGCUGUCGAACUCAUCAGAGGGCAGCCCCGAGACAGAGGUCACGGUGGCAAGCGGGGAGAGCUUAGUCGACUGCUCAAAGGUCGAGGUUCGUCCUGAUGGGCAUGGAGGAGCUGGGGUUUUUGCAGCCGUGCCUCUUAGGCGCGGGGAGCUCGUCGAGCGGGGCAUCGUGCGUCGCCUGCCCGUGGACGGAAACACGAACCCCUACGUCUUUACCUGGAGCGAGGACAGAUCCGUGUGGGCCAGCGGCAGUGGCUGCUCUGUGUUUUACAACGCCUCUUUGGACGGGUCUGAAAACACGGAGGUGGUUCGGCAUCUGGACCAGGAUCGUUUUGAGAUUUUUGCCCUCCGGGAUAUUGACAAAGGAGAGGAGCUGACACACCUCUACAAGAGCAUGGAAUGGCGCAGCUGCUUCCGGGAUCUGAAGACGCAAAGAGACCUUGCGGGCUUGAAGAAGCUGGACAAGCAGCGCGCAGACUUCACUGAAUACUGGGCCAGCGACCAUUCCGCGGCCACUUUGGAGAACAUGAUGCUCGAUUCUGACGCGGCAGUCAUAGACAAGCUGGAGAGGCCCGAGAUCCUUUCCCACAUGCCGAGUCUGCACGGAAAGAGCGUUUUGGAGCUAGGGGCUGGGAUCGGCCGCUUCAGCGGCAUCCUUGCUAGGAAGGCCCAGCGAGUGGUGGCAGUGGACUUCGUCCAUGCCUCCUGUGAGGAGAACAAGAGAGCCAAUGCGGACAAGCCCAAUCUACAGGUCUUGCAAGCUGAUGUCACCACACUGAACUUGGCACCGGGUUCAUUCGACUUGGUUUUCUCCAAUUGGCUGUUCAUGUACCUCACUGACGAGGAAUGCCAGGAGUUGGCCAAAAACAUCCUGACCUGGCUCCGCCCAGGUGGCCACAUGUUCCUGCGUGAGUCCUGCUUCCAUGCCUCAGGCUGGGCUUCAACUGCUCGCAUCGACUGUCGUGAUGGGAUUGAUCUGUGGGCUGAUGUCUUUGCGUGUCUGAAAUUUUAUUGGAGUGCCCUUGCAACCGAAGCCAGGGAAUACGACAAGGCGCUUCAACCCAACGAAGUACCGGACGCCGGAGCAGUGCCUGGGCGUGUGGACUUCAGCGUGUACUCCCAGUUCUUCAGCGAUGCCAAUGUCGAGAGCAUGCGCUACCAGCUCUGCGGCACCAACUUCGUGGAGAGCUACGCCCAGCUCAAAGGCAACAUGCACCAGUUCUGGUUCCGCUGGCAGAAGGUGGGCGUGCGCUCUGACCGGCACCUGAUGCUGCUGCAGACGGGACAAUACUCACCGGCCAAGAUUCUGCGCUACGAGAAGAUCUACGGCCGGGGCUAUAUCUACACCGGCGGCGAUCGUAUCUCUGAAAAGAUCAUGCAGCUGUGCUCCGGCCACCUGCAGCCAGGAGCACGCUGCUUAGACAUCGGCGCCGGAGCAGGGGGCACUGCGUACUUUCUGACACAGCAGAAUCCGGGGAUCUACGUCCACGCUGUGAAUUGGAGUAGCGAGCUGGCCAGCGUGAACGCAGGAAGAAUGCCUCAGGUGCCGGAGAAGGUGCGCCGGCGCGUCACCUUCGAGUUAACUCCAGAAUCCGGCGUGCCGGAGAACGAGCUGAGAUACCCGCCGAAUGCCUUCGACGUCGCUGUGCUGCGUGAGACAUUGAUGUACCUGGAGAAGCAGGACAAGGCGGUGAUCCUGCGCAAAGUGGCACGCCUUCUGAGGCCUGGGGGGCGACUGGUGGUCAUCGACUACUGUGCGGGCAAGCCACGGGAAGAGAUGUCAGAAGCCUUCCGAGAGCAUAUCCACCGGUGGCACUACGAACUUGUCCCAGCAAAAGCGGUCGAGGAACUGCUGGAACAUUACUUCGAAGUGACCAGCCAGGAUUGCACGCAGGAGAGCCGCAUCAUUCUGGAAAGGGCCAUGUCCCCCAGCCACCUGGAGAAAGAGAGAGCGUCCCUUCCUGCUUGGACUCACAGUUGUAGACCCAUCCACCUUCCCAACCACCCGAGCCACGCAAGCUCCGUUCGAGAGGACUUCGUCAAGUUUAUGGAUGAGGGGCUGCAGCAGAUCGAGGCAAAUCUGGGCCCAAGCACGUGGGGCCCGCCAGAAGAGCUCCAAAUCCUACUGAGCGGCUGCCUGGAAAGCCGGCUGAAGGACGACCGAUGCAACGCGUUCGUGUCUGAGGUCGCCGCCCAGGCCUGUGUCGCAGCCAUGGAAAAGGUGGAGCUCCACAAGGCGGCCCUGGAGUCCAGCGUCGAGAGCCUUGGCUGCUGGCUGUUUUUGGAGGGCGGCCCCCGUUGCGUCGCCGAAAUUUGCCCACCGAAUGGGUGCCCCUUUCAGCCCUCCGCAUUCCUUGUGUGGCUGAGGAGCCAGAAGCUCGAUUACGACUGGGCUCGGGAGACCUGGACCUUGGAGAAAAAGGCGGCGUUGAACGGGGACCUGAGACGUGGCUGA